AUGGCGCAUGGACUCGGCUGCUGGGCGUCUUUCAUUUUCCUGAUAAUAUUCUCAGAUUUGCUUUCCGCACAAAUUCGGUAUUCGAUUGUGGAAGAAUUGAAACACGGCGCCUUCGUGGGGAAUAUUGCAGAAGAUUUGGGAUUGAAGGUACAGAAACUGAGGACUCGCAAAUGCCGGCUGCUCUCCGAUAACAACAAACAGUAUUUGGCCAUGAAUCUGGAUAAUGGGAUUUUAUUUGUGAACGAAAGAAUAGACAGAGAACAGCUCUGUGGGCAGAGUUCCGUGUGUUCAAUUGCCUUCGAGGUAAGGGUAGAAUAUCCUUUGGAAAUGUUUGGUUUUGAAGUGGAGGUUUUAGAUUUAAAUGACAAUUCUCCCAGGUUUCCGCAGAGCUCUUUCUCCAUACAAGUCGCAGAGUCCAUUGUACCAGGAGCGCGCUUCCCUCUCGAGAGGGCGCAAGAUCCCGAUGUGGGGACUAACACAGUCAGUACCUAUCAGAUCAGUUCAAACGAGAAUUUCGGCCUGAAAAUGCAGACCAGGAGGGAUGGGAAAAAAGUGGCCGAGUUGUUCUUAGAGAAGCCAUUGGACCGCGAAAGAAGGUCUGUUUUUCAGCUUGUGCUAACGGCCUUUGACGGCGGAAGCCCAGCACUAUCUGGCACAGCUCAGAUUGUAAUCAAUGUAUUGGACAUAAAUGACAACGUACCUAAAUUUGACCGUGAGGAAUACAGAGUCAGUAUGGUAGAAAACGCGCCCCGGGGUACGUUUGUGACAAAAGUUCAAGAAGAUUUGGACGAGGGGGCCAAUGCUGAGAUAAGAUACUCGUUCAGUGAACACGCCGCACAGGAAGAGCAAGAAUUAUUUACGUUGGACCCGAAAACUGGAGAUAUCAGGGUUCAAGGCAUAUUGGACUAUGAAAAAUCAAACGUGUUUGAACUUGAUGUGCAAGCUGUGGAUAAUGGUGCAUUCGCCAUGACAGGGCGCUCCAAAGUUGUUGUCACUCUAAUUGAUGUGAACGAUAACGCUCCUGAGAUCAGAUUAACCUCAGUAUCCAGCACUGUGCGGGAGGAUGCGGUGCCAGGGACUGUGAUUGCUGCGAUCAGCGUAGCAGACAGGGAUUCGGGGAAAAAUGGAGAGGUUCAAUGUCAGAUUCCUCAACAUCUACCGAUUAAACUGCAGAAAUCUCCAACGAACCAAUAUAAAUUGGUAACGAACAAUAUGUUGGACCGCGAAAAAGUCGAAUUCUACAAUGUAUCUAUAACAGCCUGGGACUCGGGGUCUCCCCCUCUCUCCACAAAUAAAACAAUUCUGGUGUCAGUUUCUGAUAUCAAUGACAACGAGCCCCGGUUUGACCAGUCCUCAUACACUGCAUAUGUGAUGGAGAACAACGCUCCCGGUGACUCCAUUCUAUCAGUGACAGCUUUGGAUCCUGAUUUAGACCAGAAUUCCCACUUGUCCUAUUCCAUCCUGGAGAAUCCCAUACAGGGAAUGACGUCCUUUCCUUACGUCAGCGUCGACUCGAAAAGUGGGAACAUUUACGCGCUGCGCUCUUUUGACUACGAGCGGCUAAAACACUUUCAGAUCCAAGUUCAGGCGCGGGAUUCCGGAUCCCCGUCACUGAGCAGCAGCGCCGCAGUCAAUGUGAUUAUCUUGGAUCAAAAUGACAACGCUCCCGCGGUGGUUUCCCCUGUAACACGGAACGGAUCAGCAACCGUGGGUCCAGUGCCCCAGUCAGCACCAGCGGGAUACUUGGUGACCAAAGUAAUGGCGACUGAUGCUGAUUCUGGUCAGAACGCACGGCUUUCAUAUCAGCUGCGUAAAGCCACUGAUCCCAGUCUAAUCAGCGUGGGACUCAAAACUGGAGAAAUCAAGUUAAUCCGCAGUGUAUCGAGCCAUGAUGCCACCACCCAAGAUCUCCUUAUCUCGGUAAAUGACAACGGGCAGCCAACUCUCUCUGCCACAGUGACUAUCGCAUUUUCAAUAGUGGCCAAUGUAACAGAAAAAUACUUUGAACGUAGUAACGUUCUGGAAAACGCUAACAAUUUUUCUGAUUUAAAUCUGUAUUUAAUUAUCACCUUGGGCUCAACUUCCUUUAUAUUUCUUUUGACUAUCAUGGUGCUUAUUGCCAUCAAGUGCCACCAAGAUAGUGACAACGGAGACGACUGUAGUUUCUGUUGUUGUAGAAUGAGAGAUUCAGGGAAUAGCUUUAUGCGGAGAUCUGCACCUAAAGAAUGUCUGAACUAUACCGGGGUUAGAGACAGUGUCCCCAUCCCCGGAUCUUACAAUUACAGAUUCAGUGUUUCUCCAGAUUCAUCCAAAACAGAUUUUCUGUUUCUAAAAACAUAUGCUCCGACCCUACCCCAUAGCACCCUCAAAAUCCGUUGGGCGUCUUUCGCUCUCCUCAUAAUGGUCUCAGAUUUAACGACUGGACACGUUCAGUACUCAAUUCCCGAGGAACUGAAACUCGGCGCCUUUGUAGGGAAUAUUGCUGAAGAUUUGGGAUUGAAGAUCCGGGAACUGGCCAUUCGAAAAUGCCGUCUGCUCUCUGACAAUAAAAGGCGAUAUUUGGAGGUGAACCUGGACGAUGGGAUUUUAUUCGUGAACGAAAGAAUCGACAGAGAACAGCUCUGUGGACCCAGCUCGACCUGUUUCCUUUCCUUUGAGGUAAUGAUGGAAAACCCUUUACAAGUGCAUGAUUUCGAAGUCGAAAUAUUAGACAUAAACGACAAUUCCCCGUCCUUUCCGAAGAGCUCAUUUUCCAUACAGAUUGCGGAGUCGGUCGCACCAGGCGCCCGUUUUCCUCUGGAGAUGGCGCAAGAUCCCGACGUGGGGACGAACACAGUAAGCACUUACCAGAUAAACUCAAAUGAGCACUUCGGCCUGAAAUUAUACACAAGAGGCGAUGGAAGAAACGUCCCCGAGUUGUUGUUAGAGAAAUCUUUAGACCGCGAAAGACAGUCAAGCGUUCAGCUGGUGUUGACAGCCUUUGACGGUGGCCGACCACAGAGAUUGGGCACAGUUCAGAUCUCGAUUAAUGUACUGGACGCAAAUGACAACGCACCCGUAUUUGAUAGCGAGUUAUACAAAGUCAGCUUGGUAGAAGAUGCGCCAUUGGGUACUUUAGUGACGAAAGUUAAAGCUGGUGAUUUGGACGAAGGAGCAAAUGCUGAGGUAAGAUAUUCUUUCAGCAAUUAUGUCUCACAAACAGAGCGAGAAUUGUUCGCUAUUGACGGAAACACUGGAGAGAUCCGACUUCAAAGGGCACUGGAUUUUGAAGAAUCCAAGGUUUACGAACUGACUGUGCAAGCUGUAGACAACGGCGCUCCGGCAAUGGCGGGACACUCCAAAGUUGUUGUCACGCUGAUUGAUGUGAAUGAUAACAGUCCUGAGAUAAAACUCACCUCAGUGUCCGGUAAGGUACCCGAAAAUGCUGCGCCCGGGACUGUGAUCGCUGUGAUCGGUGUGACAGACCGCGAUUCGGGUAAAAACGGUGACGUUGUUUGUCAGAUUCCUGCGAAUAUUCCAUUUAAGCUGCAGAAAGGUCGAGCGAACCACUACAAAUUAGUCACGAGCCAAAUGUUGGAUCGUGAAAAGGUCCACGUUUAUAACAUCUCUAUCUUAGCCUGGGACUCGGGAUCGCCCCCUCUUUCGUCCAAUAAAACCCUCCUAGUGACUGUGUCGGAUAUCAAUGACAACGCGCCCCGGUUUGACCAGUCCUCAUACACUGCAUAUGUGAUGGAGAACAACGCUCCCGGUGACUCCAUUCUAUCAGUUACAGCUUUGGAUCCGGAUUUAGACCAGAAUUCCCACGUGUCCUAUUCCAUCCUGGAGAAUCCCAUACAGGGAAUGACGUCCUUUCCUUACGUCAGUAUUGACUCGAAAAGUGGGAACAUUUACGCGCUGCGCUCUUUUGACUACGAGCGGCUAAAACACUUUCAGAUCCAAGUUCAGGCGCGGGAUUCCGGAUCCCCGUCACUGAGCAGCAGCGCCGCAGUCAAUGUGAUUAUCUUGGAUCAAAAUGACAACGCUCCCGCGGUGGUUUCCCCUGUAACACGGAACGGAUCAGCAACCGUGGGUCCAGUGCCCCAGUCAGCACCAGCGGGAUACUUGGUGACCAAAGUAAUGGCGACUGAUGCUGAUUCUGGUCAGAACGCACGGCUUUCAUAUCAGCUGCGUAAAGCCACUGAUCCCAGUCUAAUCAGCGUGGGACUCAAAACUGGAGAAAUCAAGUUAAUCCGCAGUGUAUCGAGCCAUGAUGCCACCACCCAAGAUCUCCUUAUCUCGGUAAAUGACAACGGGCAGCCAAGUCUCUCUGCCACAGUGACUAUCGCAUUUUCAAUAGUGGCCAAUGUAACAGAAAAAUACUUUGAACGUAGUAACGUUCUGGAAAACGCUAAUAAUUUUUCUGAUCUGAAUCUGUAUUUAAUUAUCACUUUGGGCUCAACUUCCUUUAUAUUUCUUUUGACUAUCAUGGUGCUUAUUGCCAUCAAAUGCCACCAAGAUAGUGACAACGGAGACGACUGUAGUUUCUGCUGUUGCACAAUGAGAGAUUCAAGCAAUGGUUUUAUGCGGAGAUCUGCACCUAAAGAUUGUCUGAACUAUACCGGGGUUAGAGACAGUGUCCCCAUCCCUGGGUCUUACAAUUACAGAUUCAGUGUUUCUCCAGAUUCAUCCAAAACAGAUUUUCUGUUUCUAAAAACAUAUGCUCCAACCCUACCCCAUAGCACCCUCAAAAUGUCUGAUACCAAUAUGGGAAAAGAAAUCGGCCAGGAAAUACAUACCACCGGAAAUAGGGCGUCUUUCAUUCUCUUCUGGUCUCUUUAUUCUCUCAUGGUCUCCGACUUGGUUUCCGGACAAAUUCGGUACUCGAUUCCCGAGGAAUUGGAGCAGGAUGCUUUUAUUGGAAAUAUCGCUGAGGAUUUGGGACUGGACGUUCAUCGGUUGUCAGCUCGCAAGCUCAGAAUGGUAUCCGACGAUCGGAAGCGCUAUCUGGAGGUAAAUAUGCCGAAUGGGAUUUUGUUUGUGAAUGAGAGAAUCGACAGAGAAAAGCUUUGUGGACAGAGCUCUACCUGCUUCAUUUCCUUCGACGUGUCGGUCGAAAAUCCUUUGGAAAUGUACCGCGUCGAAGUGGAGAUAUUAGACAUAAACGAUAAUUCACCGAGUUUUCCUAAGGGUCGCUUUACCUUGCAAAUAUUUGAGUUGGUUGCACCGGGAACAUCCUUCCCUCUUGAGAGCGCGCACGAUCCGGACGUGGGGAUAAACACAAUAAGCACUUACCAAAUAAGCCCAAAUGAGCAUUUUGGCCUAAAAAUCGAGACGAGGAGUGAUGGUGCUAAAACCGCCGAGUUAGUCUUGCAGAAGACCUUGGAUCGCGAACAGCAAUCAACCUUCCAGCUGGCGCUGACGGCCAUUGAUGGCGGCAUCCCGCACAGAUCUGGCACAGCUCAGGUUUUUAUCACUGUCCUGGAUGCGAACGACAACGCGCCCGUUUUCAGUGAAAAGAUAUACAGGGCGAACUUGCUCGAAAAUACACCCAAGGAUACGUUAGUGAUCAGAAUACAAGCUGACGAUUUAGAUGAAAGGCAAAACGGUGAGGUGACAUAUUCUUUCAGUGAUCGCGUCUCGGCGAAAGUCCGCAAAUUAUUUAAUGUGGAUCCGGUAACGGGAGAGGUUAGAGUUCAAGGCGUACUGGAUUACGAGGAAUCAAAUAUGUAUGAACUUGAUGUACAAGCGGUGGACAAUGCCCCGCAAGCUAUGGCACUGGUAGGAUAUGCCAAAGUUUUUGUCGGAAUAAUUGAUAUCAAUGAUAACGCUCCCGAUGUAAAACUAACAUCGUUGUCUGGCAUGGUCGCAGAAGAUGCUAUUCCAGGAACUGUAAUUGCCCUGAUCACGGUAAGCGAUCGAGAUUCCGGCAAAAACGGACAGAUUGACUGCCAGUUGGCGAGGAACGUUCCAUUCAAACUUUUAACAUCUUCUAAAUACCGUUAUAAAUUGGUUACCAGUGACACAUUGGAUCGCGAAACGGUUGCUCUAUACAACGUGUCCAUCUUAGCCUGGGACGAAGGCUCUCCCCCGCUUUCAACAACCAAAAUUAUUUCGGUGACGGUUUCCGAUGUAAACGACAACGCUCCACAAUUUACUCAAUCGUCAUACAACGUGUACCUGACAGAGAACAACUCUCCCGGUGCUUCUAUAUUUACGGUGGAGGCUGUUGAUCGUGAUUUGAACCAGAAUGGCGAGGUCUCCUAUUUUGUCCAAGAGAGCAAUUGGCACAACACGUCUGCUUACGUUAGCAUCAACUCGAAAAGUGGGAACCUUUACGCGCUGCGUUCCUUUGACUACGAAAAACUGAAACACUUUCAGAUCCAUAUUCAAGCUCGGGAUGGUGGGGUUCUCUCGCUGAACAGCAUUGCCACCCUGAAUGCUAUCAUUCUGGAUCAAAAUGAUAACGCGCCGGUUGUUGUUUCGCCUAUAACGUGGAAUAAUUCAGCAAACGUGGAGAUAGCGCCUCAGUCAACCUAUCCGGGCUACACAGUCACAAAGGUAAUAACUACAGAUGCAGAUUCAGGUCAGAACGCACGGCUUUCCUACAAGUUAAUGGACUGCACCGACCCCAGUCUCUUCAAAUUGGACCCUCUCACAGGAGAAAUCACAACAACUCGAAGUAUUUUUGAUGUGGAUGUCGCUUUCCAAAGAGUGGUCCUCUUGGUAAAGGACAAUGGACAACCCAGCCUGUCCACCACACUCACAAUACUCUUUCAGAUUCUGGACAACGUGACUGAACAAUUCUUUGAACGAAAUGAACAGCCGAAAGUAAGUAAGAUGGCGAACCUACACAGCAGAAGGGUAUUUAAACGCUGGGCGUUUCAUUUAAUUUUCCUGUUGUGUUUCUCGGACGUGGCUGACGGUCAGAUUCGCUACUCGAUUCCCGAGGAACUGGAGCGCGGAGCCUUUGUGGGGAAUAUCGCUGAGUAUUUAGGAACGGAUGCUCGGACGAUGUCAGCUCGGGACUUGCGGCUGGUCUUUGAAGGCAACAAACGCCAUUUCGAGGUAAAUUUGGACACUGGAAUUUUAUGUGUUAAUGAGCGAAUCGACAGAGAGCAGCUUUGUGCUCAGAGCCCCACCUGCUCCCUUUCUUUUGAGGUUACCAUCCAAAAUCCUUUGGAAAUAUAUCGGGUGGAGGUAGAGAUAUUGGACGUGAAUGACAAUUCGCCCAGUUUUCCAAAGCGUGAUUUUAUCUUGGAGGUCGGCGAGUCCAUCGCCCCGGGAGCUCGCUUCCCUCUGGAGAGCGCGUACGAUCCUGAUGUGGGCACCAACACUAUUAAAAAUUACGAGAUCAGUUCAAACGAGUGCUUCGGCCUCAAUAUGCAGACAACGAGUGAUGGAAAUAAAGUUGCCGAGUUAUUGUUGGAGAAAUCUUUGGACCGGGAAACGGAGGCAACCUUUCAGUUAAUACUGAAAGCGAUUGAUGGAGGUUUCCCCGAGAAAUCAGGCACCGCUCGCAUUAUUAUCACAGUGUUAGAUGCAAAUGACAACGCGCCUGCGUUUGAUCAACAACUGUAUAAAGCAAGAUUGUCAGAAAACUCGCCAACGGGUACCUCAGUGGCCACAGUUAAUGCUGAUGAUUUGGAUGAAGGUGCAAACGCCGAGAUGACAUAUUCCUUCAGUAAUCACGCUUCCCAAAGAGUUCGUGAACUGUUCAGUUUGGUCAGAAACGGAGAAAUUACAGUACAAGGAAGAUUGGAUUUUGAAGAGGCAAAGGUUUAUGAACUCGCUAUACAAGCCACAGAUAAUGGUCAACUCGCCAUGAAGGGGCAUUGCAAAGUUUUGGUGGAAAUAAUUGACGUGAAUGAUAAUCCUCCUGAAAUAAAACUGACAUCAGCUUUCGGCACUGUGCCCGAGAACGUGGCCCCGGGGACAGUGAUAACGCUCAUCAGUGUUUCGGAUAGAGACUCUGGAGAAAACGGACAGGUGCAUUGCCGGAUCUCAAACACCGUUCCUUUUAAACUUCAAUCAUCUUCGGAAAACCAAUAUAAAUUCGUCACUAACGGGCCUUUGGAUCGCGAGUCCACCCCUACGUAUAACGUAACAGUCCUGGCCUGGGACACAGGGUCUCCGCCUCUUUACGCAAACAAAACUAUUUGCGUGUCCUUGUCAGACGUCAAUGAUAACGCGCCACGGUUUGAGCAGCCCUCAUACACAGUCUACCUGACAGAAAAUAUCACUCCCGGCGCUUCUAUUUUUUCACUCACCGCCCUCGACCCCGAUUUGGAUGCGAAUUCUUAUGUCACAUAUACUUUGUUGGAUAGUUUUAUUCAGGGCGAAUCGACAUCUGCUUAUAUCAGUGUGAACUCGAACAAUGGGGACGUUUACGCGCUGCGCUCUUUUGAUUACGAAGCACUGAAGAGCUUCCACAUCCAGGUUCAAGCCCGCGAUGCCGGAGUCCCUCCACUGAGCAGCAGCACGACAAUCAACGUCAUUAUUUUGGAUCAAAACGAUAACGUGCCGGUGGUCAUCUCGCCUUUAACCCGGAACGGAUCGGUCGCAGUGGAAACUGUGCCCAGAUCAGCGCCGACGGGUUACUUGGUCACGAGGGUAGUCGCGGCUGAUGCCGAUUCUGGGCAAAAUUCGAGGCUAUCCUACAAGUUGCUCAAAGCUACUGAUCCCAGUUUAUUCAGUGUGGGGCUUUACUCUGGGGAAAUCAGAACGACUCGCAGCUUUUCAUACCAAGACUUCACGACUCAAAGUCUGAUCAUAACGAUAAAAGACAAUGGCCAACCAAUGCUCUCCGCCUCUGUCACCAUUUCCUUUUCCAUUGUGGAGAAUGUUACUGAAAAUCACCUUGGGCGUAAUGAUUUGUAUACAAAGCCAGAUAACUUCUCUGAUCUAAAUGUGUAUUUGAUCAUCACUUUAGCAUCAACUUCAUUUAUAUUUUUAGUGGCAAUAGUUGCCCUUGUUGCUGUCAAAUGUCAUCAGGACAGAAAAACCAACUACGGUUGCGAUACUGCAAUAUGCUGCUGGGGAUACAGGAGUUCGAGAAAUGUUUCUGAUCACGGAUCCGCACCAAACGAAUGUCUGAAUUACACUGGAUAUAAUCCUGGAGUUUAUAAUUAUCAGGUGUGUCUCUCUCCAGAGUCAGCGAAGAGUGAUUUUCUGUUUUUAAGAAGUUACAAUUCAACCCUUCCCAAGAGUAAUAUCGAGGUCACUGACCACCAAAGUCGACAAAAGCCAAGCAGUAAAAGGAUGUUAAACCGCUUGGCAACGUAUUUUAUCUUCUUGCUUUAUGCCCCGGACUUGGUUUGUGGAGAGAUUCGGUACACAAUCCCCGAGGAACUGGAGCACGGCGCCUUUGUGGGGAAUAUCGCCGAAGAUUUGGGAUUAAACCUUCGAGAAUUAUCGGCUCGGAAAUUCAGACUGGUCUCCGAAGAAAGAACACAAUACCUUGAGGUAAAUUCGGAGAAUGGGAUUGUUUUUGUCAAUGAAAGAAUUGACAGGGAGCAGCUUUGUCAGAGCUCCACCUGUUCUCUUUCUUUCGAGGUAAUAGUCAAAAAUCCUUUGGAAGUGCACCGUGUGGCUGUCGAGAUACUAGACAUUAAUGAUAAUUCACCUAGUUUCCCGAAGAGUGAUUUUUUCUUGGAAAUCGCUGAGUUUAUAGCACCAGGAGCUCGCUUCCUUCUCGCAAGCGCAUACGACCCGGAUGUCGGUAAAAACGCAAUCAGAACGUAUCAAAUCAGUUCAAAUGAAUAUUUUAAUCUAAACGUACAGGUUACAAGUGAUGGUAAGAUAAUAUGCGAGUUAUUAUUGGAAAAACCAUUGGAUCGCGAACGGCAGUCAGAAUUUAAACUAACCCUGACAGCGAUUGAUGGUGGGAUACCAGAGAGAUCUGGCACAGCUAAAAUUAUUAUUAAUGUGGUGGACGCCAAUGAUAACGUACCUGUAUUUGAUCAUGAACUGUACAAAACGAGUUUACCGGAAAAUGCAGCUGAGGACACAUUGGUGAUCAAAAUCAAUGCCAUCGAUGUGGACGAAGGUAGCAACGGCGCAGUAAAAUAUUAUUUCAGUAAUCAUGCUUCUCAAAGAGUGCGCGAGUUGUUUAGUCUGGAGCCAGAAACCGGCGAGAUUCGAGUGAAAGGAGUCCUGGAUUUUGAAGAAUCAAACGGUUACGAACUUGCUGUACAAGCUAUGGACAGUGGCGCACCAACUAUGACCGGACAUACCAAGGUGAUGGUGAGCAUAUUGGACAUGAAUGAUAACGCCCCUGAGAUAAAAGUUACCUUAUUGUCCAACACAAUCCCUGAAAACGCUGAAUCCGGAACACUGAUAGCUUUGAUCAGUGUCACAGACAGGGAUUCUGGGAAAAAUGGGGAAGUUCACUGUCAGAUUCCCACGAACAUACCUUUCAAAUUACAUUUGACUUCCAAGAACCACUGCAGGCUGGUGAGCAGUGGCGUACUGGAUCGUGAAACCAUUUCCACCUACAACAUAUUGGUAUCAACCUGGGAUGCUGGAUCUCCGCCUCUUUUGACAAACAAAACAAUAAUGGUGUCAGUUUCUGAUAUAAACGACAACGCCCCCCGAUUUACACAACCCUCAUAUACAGUUUAUGUGUCAGAGAACAACGCACCCGGGGCUUCUAUUUUCACAGUUACUGCAUUGGAUCCCGAUUUAGACCAGAAUGCACAUGUAUCGUAUUCUGUAUUACCAACCCGGGUUAUGGAGAUUCCUGUGUCUACUUACAUCAGCAUCAACUCAAACACUGGGAAUAUCCACGCGCUACAAUCGUUCGAUUACGAGCAGCAAAAGACAUUUCAGUUCCAAGUUCAAGCCAAGGAUUCUGGAGUUCCUCCUCUCUGGAGCAAAUGCGCAGUGAAAGUGAUUAUCUUGGAUCAAAAUGACAAUGCUCCAGUGAUUAUCUCACCCUUAGCUUGGAAUGGAUCGAUAUCAAUUGGGUUAAAGUCCCAAUCUAUUUAUCCAGGCUAUUUGGUGACCAAGAUAAUCGCAACAGAUGCAGAUUCGGGGCAGAACGCACGGCUUUCUUACCGUCUGGUGAAAGCCACUGACUCCAGCUUAUUCAGCGUGGGACUCUUUUCUGGAGAAGUCAAAACAAUCCGCAGAUAUUUGGAUAAAGAUGCGGCAGCACAGGUUCUGUCCAUUCGGGUGAAUGACAAUGGACAACCUUCCCUCUCAGUCUCCGUAACUGUUUCCUUUUCAGUAGCCACCAAUGCGACUGAAAAACAUUUGGAACGCGUUGACUUGGUUCACAGUCCAGCUAAUCCUUUUUCCGAUCUGAACCUUUAUUUGAUAAUUGCUUUCGGGUCAACGACAUUGAUAUUUCUACUGACCAUAAUUUUGCUGGUUGCUAUCAAAUGCCAUCAGGAUAGAAACGGCAUUUACGGGUACAAUUCCAUAUAUUGUUGUUGGACUCACAGGAAUUUAAGAAGUACCAGAGAUGCAUCCAUUCGGAAUCGAGCACCGGCAGAAUCUCUAAAUUACACUGGAGCUCGGGAAAGAGUUUCCAUGCCCGGGGCCUACAAUUAUAACGUCUGUUUGUCUCCGGAAUCAGCCAAAAGCGACUUUCUCUUUUUAAGUACUUGCAAUUCCAAUGCACUCACAAGUACUAUCAAAGUGACUGACACCAACUUUACUAAAGAAUUUGAGCAGGAAAGAGGUGUCGGCAACAACAGAUAUUGA